AUGCCAAACAAAACAUUCAUUUCUAAAAGCGAAAAGUCUGCUCCUGGUUUUAAGGCAACAAAGGAUAGAGUUACACUGCUGCAAUGUUCGAAUGCAUCUGGUGUCAUUAAGCCACUGAUGCUUUACAGAUCGUUUAAUCCUCGGGCUUUAAAAAAUCAAAACAAGGACAACCUGCCAGUGUUUUGGCGUGCUAAUAAGAAAGCAUGGGUUACAAGCGCUAUUUUUUGUGACUGGUUCCGGAAGUGUUUUGUUUCUGAAGUUGAAAAACAGAAUUUAGAGUUUAAAGCACUUCUACUUUUGGGCAAUUCACCAGGUCAUCCUCGCGAACUUGAAACUAUGCAUCCAAAUAUAAAAGUGUCAUUUUUACUUCCCAACACGACGGCUUUGCUUCAACCUAUGGACAAAGGAAUAAUGCAGGCCUUUAAGCUCUAUUACAUCAGAAUCAUAUUGGAUAAUAUGGAAUGUAAUCCUGAUAUGAAUGUUAUGGAAUGCUGGAAUAACUUUGACAUUGCAAAAUGCAUCGUAAACACGAAAGAAUCAUUGGAAAAACUGAAGCCAUGCUGGAAAAAACUGUGGCCUGCUCUGACUGCGGAAAAUGAUGAAGAAUCUGUGCAAUGA